AUGACUAUUUUAUUAAAACCGAAUGAUCGGCGUCAUCAUCAAAAUAGUGGAGAUCCUCUUCAACUUUUGCAAUAUUGUGAACAAAUUCUCAGUAAAAUCGUUGAAAUCCGAAUAAGGAUUGAUCGUCCGAAACCACCGAAAAUUAUCGAUAAGAAUGAAUUUAUUGCCAUGAUGGCCGAUCCAACACCAUAUGUUAAACCAGCCGAACUUUUGGAAAAAGAAGCUUUAUUUGAAAAUCGUCGUAAAAAAUUGGUUCAAAUAAGUACGGCAUUAAAAAGAAUUGAAUGGAUGGCAGCGGUAUCAGAUCCCAGGAAUUUCCGUAAUCUUGAAUCGUAA